GAAGUGAGUCGGUUGCUAUUGGCGGUGCGGAGGCGGCUCUCGCGCUCCUUCCUCCCGUCUCUCACUCACUCACUCACUCACUCGGGGCCGCCAUGGCCUCCCCUCCCGGCACAGCCUCCAACAUCGACAUCCACGACGCCACGCAGCACCUGCGGGACAUGCUGAAGCUGGACCGGGUGCCGGAUGCAACUGUUGAUAUCCAAAAGAAACCUGCGUCAUUCAAUGGAGAACUCAAUGGAUUAUUGGUGCCUGAUCCCAUUUUGGGAUCUGGGGGAGAUGGAAUUGCUCUGCGUGAGCCAAAGCAUGCAAACCUGGAGAAGAUGAACCUACAGGAGAUAUUCCUCUCUGGAGAUGACAGUUCAAACUGUGUUAUCUCUGGUAAAGAAGUGGAAAUUGUGGCAAGCAAUGAAUCUAGCAUCAGCAGCAAGGCCAGGGGCAGUAACAAGGUAAAAAUACAACCUAUAAUUAAAUACGAGUGGGAGCAGAAGUACUACUAUGGCAACUUAAUAGCUGUGUCCAAUCUCUACCUGGCGUACACCAUCAGAGGUGCUAAUGGUGUUGGCAUGGUGCGUGUGCUGAGUAUUGGUGCGGCAGAAAGGACUUUACUGAAAGGAUUUACAGGAGGAGUUGCUGACUUGGCCUUCGCACACCUCAAUUCCAAUCAACUGGCCUGUGUCGAUGAGGCAGGCGACCUGUUUGUCUGGCAACUGAAUGAAGAAAAUGGCAAAAUACAGGAAAAAAUCAUCGUGCACAUAAAAAGACCAGAGAGGACGGCAUUGGUUACAAACAGAAGGAUCAUCUGGUGCCCCUAUAUUCCAGAGGAGAAUGAGGAAAAUGAAGAAGGAAGUCAAACACUUGCUGUGUUGCAUGAAGAUAGAGCUGAGGUUUGGGAUCUAGAUAUAAUAAGAAACUCUAGCAGUGUCUGGCCCAUUGAGGCCACUGAUAUAAAAGAAGGCUUUAUCAUUGUAAAGGGACACACAGCACGCAUCAGUGAAGGUGCCUUGUCUCCUGACGGCACAGUUCUUGCAACUGCGAGCCAUGAUGGAUAUGUAAAGUUCUGGCAGAUCUACAUCGAGGGACAAGAUCAACCAAGGUUUUUUACCGCACAUUCAAUCAGGUGUCUUCACGAAUGGAAGCCACAUGAUGGUCGACCUUUGUCUUGCCUUCUGUUCUGUGAUAAUCACAAAAAGCAAGAUCCUGACGUCCCUUUCUGGCGAUUCCUGAUUACUGGAGCAGAUCAGAACAGGGAACUAAAGAUGUGGUGUACCGUGUCAUGGACGUGUUUACAGACUAUCAGAUUUAUGCCUGAUCUGUUUAAUACCAGCGUACAACCAAGUCUGAAAGCCAGUUUGGAUCUGUCUGCAGAAUACCUAAUCCUCAGUGACGUGCAGAGAAAAGUGUUGUAUGUAAUGGUGCUCCAUCAGAGCCAGGAAGAUGGGAGGGCCCAAUUUGUGUCCAUUUCUGAGUUCCUGCUCACUCACCCAGUGCUCAGCUUUGGCAUCCAGGACGUCAGCAGAUGUCGCCCACGUCACACAGAGGUUUUGCCCGAGGAGGAGAAUGACUCUUUAAAUUCAGAAGGAAUUCCCUGCCCUGCUGAAUCUUCAGUGGUACAUAUCAAAUUGUAUUGUGUACACACCAAAGCACUUCAAGAUGUACAGAUUUAUUUUCAGCCACAUCAGAAUUCAGAGGAAACUACAUUAAUGCCAUCUUCUGCCUCCCAUGAGGAUUUCACAUUGAUAGAUCACUUGACUGAUGUGAGCAUUGAUGGGCUGGCUUCUGAUAAAGGCUCUGGGAGAGGGUCUCAGCAUGAUCUUCUGCGGAUAGGGGACCUUCCAUCUCCUGCAGAUUUCCUAUCGGUCUCUAGUGAUGUAAAGCCGAAGUUAAUGACACCAGAUGCUUUCAUGACUCCAAGCGCCUCGCUUCAGCAGAUCUCUGCAUCUCCAGGAAGCAGUGUUAGUACUUUAACUGCGGUGACCGUAAUAAGUAGCAGUUCUGUCAAUGACAUUGGAGCAUCAAGGCCCAAUGAAGACUUGUGCCUCAGUCCGAAAAUUACAUUGGACAGCGUGAACCUCAGCAGUAGCAGCGCCAGCAACAGUGUGCAGGCGAGUCCCAGGAACAACUCUGUGCAGCUUAUCCCAGGCAUCUCUGAUCAACUGUCUGCAAAACCUCUCCAGGUACUGCAAGUUAGUGGCACCUCUAACCCCUCUCUUCCUUUGGAACUGCAGUCUGUAGACGCCCUCUGUGUGCCUCAGAGCUCCCCAACGAGGGAGCGUUCCCCCGACGUGAUCUCCUCCGCCUCUACAGCAAUGUCGCAGGACAUUCCCGAAAUUGCCUCCGAGACUCUUCAGCGUGCGUUUAUAAGCUCCGUGCUGUCCUCCGAGAUCCUGGAGCCGUCCCACCCCGCGGAUAGCAUGGCCUCAGCUGCCUCGGCUUUGCACCUUCUGUCCCCAAGGAGCAGGCCUAACUCAGAGCACAGCCAGCACUCGCUGGAUAUGGCUCAGGUGGACGUGGAGCGGCUGAAUACUCCAUCGCUGCUAGAAACUGCUUUGUCUCAGGAGAACGCAGCAGCAGAAAGCAUGGGCAGUCAACCAUGGCCAGCGGCUCCUGACAUUACCAGAGAAACGCGUAACAGCAUCAACGAGAGCUUGAGAGAUGAUAUGAAGGAGAAGCAUAAGAGUUCGGCCUUCCACAGACACACAUACCAGUUGCACCAGCAUGAUAGCCAGGAUGCCAGCGCCGAACCCAGUGAUCACGAUGAUGAAGUUGCGAGCCUUGCCUCCACACCAGGCAGCUUUGGCUCCAAAUCUUCCGCUCAUCGUCUACCAGUCAAAGACUGGAAAUCCAAAAUGUCUCCUCGGGCUUCUCCCAAGUUAAAGAGGAAGAGCAAAAAAGAGGACGGGGAGGCCGCACAAUCGCCCAAGUCAGACAAACAGCAACAGCCAAUUGUGGAGCAACAGGAGGAAUUGCUGUCCCUGCUACGUAGUCAAAAGAGGGAGCUCUGCGAAUUGAGGCAGAGCCAGAUGGAUUUGAUGCAGAGGCUUACCAAUCACAUGGAUGCCGUCCAAGGCUCCAUCAUGGGUCACGUGGAGCGAAUUCUGGUCACACAGCAAGAGGAAGAACAGAGGCGAACAGACAGGAUCUUGGCAGAAGGGCAGGAAAAAAGUGGCCAGUUUCAGGAGCAGCUAUCCCAUCAACUCUCGCAGACUGUGACAAGCUCAGUUAGUAAUCGCUUGGAGAAGACUGUCCGAGAUGAGAUGAAGAAAACCGUACCACAAUGUAUUUCCAAGAGUUUAGAGCCAGUGUCAGGUCAUCUGAAUAACAUCAUUGCAACCAAGCUUGCAGCCAUUGAAGGGACGUUGAAAGAAAACAUUACAAAAAUGGUCAAAUCCAAGAACACUACGGACAGCAUUGGAAGAGCAGCAGCCGAAGCUUUACAAGGACCCAUACAAAGUGCUUACAGAGAAUCAUUCCAGAGUGCGUUUGUGCCUGUUUUUGAAAAGGCAUGUCAGUCAAUGUUCCAGCAAAUUAAUGACAGCUUCAAACAGGGAACACAAGAAUAUAUCCAGCAAUUUGAGACCCACCUUCAGUCUAAGAAGGCCCAAGAGCAAGCAAUUCGAGAACCUAUGGUUUGUCAGCUGCAGCAAAUGAUUGACCACUUCCAGAGUGCAACAGAUCAUCUUGCUGCCACCAUCACAAACAGCAUUCGUUCAGAGGUGCAGCAUCAGCUUCACAUCAUUGUUGGCAAUUUGCAGGAGUCGAUUCUAACUCAAGUACAAAGAAUUGUGAAAGGGGAGGUUGGCCUGGCGAUGAAAGAACAACAGGCGGCUGUUACUUCCAGUAUUAUGCAGGCGAUGAGGUCAGCUGCUGGAACACCGAUUCCAUCAUCUCACAUAGAUUUCCAAUCUCAGCAAACCCACGUCCUGCAACUGCUGCAGCAGGGACAACUCAACCAAGCCUUUCAACAGGCUUUGUCUGCAGCAGAUCUCAACCUGGUGUUGUACGUCUGUGAAACUGUGGAUUCUCAGCAGGUCUUUGGUCAGCAGCCUUGUCCCCUGACCCAGCCCGUCUUGCUUUCACUUAUUCAACAACUCUCCACUGAUCUGAUGUCCCGUACAGAGCUAAAACUUAGUUAUCUGGAGGACGCAAUCAUGAAUUUAGAUGACACAGACCCCGUGGCUCGCGAUCACAUGGGCUCUGUAUUACAUCAAGUCAGACAGAGACUCCACCAGUUCAACCAAGCAGAACCUCAGAGUAACACAAGUAAAAAAGCCCGACGACUUAUGAUGAUGCUUCAGGGACUGGUGACUCCUCUAAGUUAAGCCUUCACCUGUGACUGGUAGUACUUAUAACAUCUGUAAAGACUUGCAUUAUAAUUAUACAAAUCACAUAACUGUAUGUUACUAAUUAGCCUUGCAUAAAAAGCUCUAAGGAAUACAACAUUAAUGUCUCAUGUGUUAAGAAAAUGUUUGAAGUCCAUGUUUGGAAUGAGUGACGGGUUAAUACUGACCUAAUCUAAGAUGCUUCACAUGUUAUCUCUCAUCGUUCUUCUUUCUAAUGCAGUUGGCCCAUUUUGUCUGGGUCUCUAUUCUUUUAUUUUGCAUGGGUUAGACACAACCUGUGGUACGUAAAACUUAUUGUUUCCCAGCAGCAUUUGUGAAGCAGUUGAGGCUUAAAUGCCUCGCCAAACGCAACAAAUUGAGGGGUUGCAUAGUCUGCAACAAAUAUAAAUAUUUGUAAGUGUCUGAAGAACAAGUUUCUGUCCCAGUUUAAUUUCAUACCUAGGCACGAAAGAGCAUUUAGUUCUGAAGAUCUGCCCUGAGAGCUGUAGAGCUCAAUAGAAGUGUCGUGUUGAACAAGCAUCCAAAAAAUAUAUAUUUUCAAAAUACUUCAAAUUAAUGUUGGACUGUUAUUUCUUGAAAUAUCGCCAGAGGAACAUGUGUACCUUUGCAUCAUGUUAGGUUUGAAACGAAGGAAAAUAAAUCCAAAAAUGGAAAAGUCUGGUAUUCUCCUUUUUUUUGUGUUUAGUGCAUAAUGUUCUUGAACAUUUACUAUUUUUGUUGUUGUGAUUUUACAUUACGAUUCCUUUUUAUCUCAAAGGUAUGAAAACUCCCUGUUUUGGAUAAUGUUUAAAAAAAAAAGUUCAAUAAAAAGACUUUUCAGAAAA